AUGUCUUGGGCGGGUGCGUACAAGCCCAGCGACCGUGUGAUUUCUUGGUCUCACAUGUUGACCGUUGUUUUAGGCUUCAAGAAGAAUGUCAACCGCGCGACGACGCAGGUGAUGAUGAAGACCGGCCAUGUCGAGAAGACAAACGACCGGGAUUAUGAAGUCGAGGAGAGGCGAUUCAGGACAAUGGAGGCGGCCUCGUUGCGGUUACAAAAGGAGGCCAAGGGGUACUUAGAUUCACUACGAGCAAUGACGGCCUCACAAAUGCGAAUUGCCGAAACGAUCGACGCAUUUUACGGGGACUCGGGCGCCAAGGACGGCGUUAGCAGAAGUUACAAACAAGCCGUGGAGGACCUCGACGCGGAGACGAUCAAGGCGCUGGACGGGCCAUACCGCACAACAGUAUUAGAACCCAUCUCACGGUUUUGCGCAUACUUCCCCGACGUAAACGAAUGUAUCAAGAAGCGCGGGCACAAGCUCCUCGAUUACGACGCGCUGCGGGCCAAGGUCAAGAAGCUGGUAGAGAAGCCUGACAAGGACGUGACGAAGCUGCCGCGGGCGGAGAAGGAGAUGGAUAUGGCCAAGGCGGCGUACGAGCAGCUCAACGAGCAGCUGUGCUCGGAGCUGCCGCAGCUGAUCGACCUGCGCGUGCCGUACCUCGACCCCUCGUUCGAGGCCCUCGUCAAGAUCCAGCUGCGCUUCUGCGCCGAGGCCUACAGCCGCAUGGCCCAGGUCCAGCAGUACCUCGACGCCGACACCCGCGAGCAGUACGCCCAGGGCCAGCUGGAUACGCGCGUUGAGCAGGUGCUGCAGGAGAUCCGGGAGCUGAGCAUCAGCGGGACCGUCUGA